GUUGAUUAGCUGAAUCAGGUGUGUUGGUGCAGUAACUAAAAUGUGAAUCCCUUUGGGAUCCCAGGACCAGGAUUGGGAACCAGUGAUGUAACUCUAUGUGUUGUACUAAUGACCAACAGGUAAUGAUGAUACAGUAUAUAAGUCUGUUGUCUCUGCCCAGGUACUCACACUAGACCUGGGCUGUCAGGUCCACCAUAUCACCUGAGGAGGUGGGUUCAACUUUACAUUUACAUGAUAAACAGUGGCUUUAGUAGUUGAUGGAGAUGUUGACAUUCUGGUAUUUAGUUUGAUGUCUGAAGUGAGUGGUUUAAUUAACUAUUUUUUAGCAACUGGUAUCAAAUGCAGUAACAUUGAAUACAUAAAUAAACACAAUUUAAAUAUAAUAUUAAUUAAUUUAUUAUUAUAAAUUAUUUGCAAUUUACAAUUUUGAUGAACUUGGAUAAUUUCCUUUCUACUAACGAUGCUUCAAUUAUGUUUUUGUCAACAGGUGAAGUAAUGUACAGUUUUGAAUAUACCUUUAUUUGUAAUAAUGUACUCAUGGAUAAUGUAUUUCCACAGAUUAUCACCAGCCAGAGGGAGACGUUAACACCUCCAGUCAGGAUGAGUUCCCUGACCUCUGACCCUAACCAGACAGACGUCAACACCAUCAUCCGACCCCCUUACUUCUUCAUCAGUGGUUUCAUAGCCAUCCCCGACAUGAACUACUACUACAUCUUCCUCUGUUUAGUUUACAUCAUCUCCCUGGUGGGCAACACCUUCGUCAUGACUGGCAUCUACGUGGACCGCAGUCUCCACAGCCCCAAGUACAUCGCUGUGUUCAACCUGGCCUUCACAGACGUGUGUGAAAGCACAGCCCUGGUUCCCAAGCUGCUGGAUAUGUUUCUGUUCAGCAGACAGCUCAUCUCCUACGACCAGUGUCUCACGAGCCUCUUCUUCGUCUUCCUCUUCAUCACCAUGCAGUCCUUCAACCUCACCAUCCUGUCCUAUGACAGACUGGUGGCCAUCUGCUACCCGCUCAGGUACCACAUGAUGAUCACUCACAGGUCCAUGCUCCAGCUGACGGGGGCCGCCUGGGCGUUUGCUGUGUUGAUGGUGUUGAUCUCUGUGUGUCUCAUCACCCGGCUCUCUUUCUGUAGGUCUCUGGUGAUCAACAGCUACUUCUGUGACCACGGUCCUCUGUUCCGUCUGGCGGCCCCCUGUUCUAAUGUGGUCCCUAACAUAGCGAUGAGCGAAAUCAACCCCUGUAUAGUUCUCUAUCUCCCAAUGAUCUUCAUCAUAUCAUCAUACAUCUGCAUAACACACGCCCUGUUCACCAUCACACUGCCCCAGGACAGACUCAGAGCCAUUAAGACAUGUACCUCACACCUAAUACUGGUGGCCAUAUUCUACCUGCCAAUUAUUUUCACGUACUCUCUCUACACCAUCAUACCAACCAACGUCCGCAUCAUCAACCUCUCCCUGACCUCGAUACUGCCACCAAUGCUUAAUCCCAUCAUAUACGUUCUGAAGACGGAGGAGUUUAAGGUAUCAGUCAAGAAGAUGCUCAGAAGAGGGGCACAAAGAGCUGUGACGCAGGUCAAACCAACAUGAAGUUCUUGAAUUUUUUCUCUUAAAAAUGAUAUAUUUACAGUGCCUUCUGAAAGUAUUCACACCUAACAGCCAUUUUCAAGUCUUGGCAUAGAUUUUCAAGGCGAUUUAAGUCUAAGCUGUAACUAAGCCACUCAGGAACAUUCACUGUCACCAUGGUAAGCAAUGCCAGUGUAUAUUUGAUCUUAUGUUUUGGGUUAUUGUCUUGCUGAACGGUGAAUUUGUCUUCCAGUGUCUUUUGGAAAGCAGACUGAACCAGCUUUUCCUCUCGGAUUUAGCCGGUGCUUAGUUUCUUUUUAUCCUAAAAAACUCUAGUCCUUGCCGAUGACAAGCAUACCUAUAACAUGUUGCAGCCACCACCAUGCAUGGAAAUAUGUGGUACUUUGUGAUCUGUUGAGUUGGAUUUACCCCAACCAUAACACUUUGUAUUCAGGACAUAAAGUUAACUUCUUAUCCAUUUCUUUUUGCAGUUUUACUUUAGUGCCUUAUUGAAAACAGGACUCCUGUCUUGGAAUAUCUUUAUUCUGCACAGGUUUCCUUCUUUUCAGGCUGUAAUUUAGGUUAGUAUUGUGGAGUAACUACAAUGCUGUUGAUCCAUCC